GGAGACGGUAUGCCUUCCAGUUGGGCCCAGUAAUCACAUAAAAGAUCGGCUUUCCAGCCCAUAAGAAUUGAACACCUGGGAGCAAAUAUUUUGGGGAGAAAUGGCCAUGAAUCUCCUAGUUUCAUUGGAUCCAUAAAAAAUAAUUGGAUUGUGACCGCCAUGGGUCGAUUUUUGGGCUUACUCGUGGCCCUGAUUGGACUGGUGGUUGUGGUGGAAGUUAACGGUGGCUUGAAUCGAACUGGUAACCGCUACGAAGAGCCUCCUGUGGACGAUAACUUCGAAGCUUAUUUUGUCCAUCGAGUCAUCCAUUUCAAAGAUAGAGCCGCAGAGGAGGAAGAAAGAUUGCAAGCACAAAAAGAAAGAUUGAAAGAGGAAGAAAAGCUUCCGAAGGUUAUCAAACCUACCAUCCCGCCCUACCAACAGACUUCAAAGUUUAAAGAUGGGUGGCCACAACAUCCCCUAUUCAUCAUGGUCAUCGGCGGUCUCCGAUGGGAUUUCGUUGAGAAAUAUCCGCAGAUUCUGACAUCCUUCAAGUACCUCAAGAAGUACGGCUCCUUCAUCCCCAGAGUCAAACCAGUGUUUCCCCCUGAAGAUUAUCCGACAUGGACCAGCAUCGCAACAGGCAAAUAUCCCGAAUCGCACAGCAUCGUGGGAGAUGUGAUGUACAACCUGAAAAAGCGAAAGUUCUUCCAUCGCUAUGACCAUAAUUCGACUCGGGAUCCCAUUUGGUGGCAAGGAAUGACGCCGUUUUGGAGCAAUGCCGCCAAGCACGGGCGAAAGGUGGCCAUGUUUAACUGGCACGACUGCACUUUGACCGGCAAAGGCCUAGAAAUCCCUGGGGACUGCCAGCCUUUUCAGUUGCUGGAGGAAAACUUUCCCUCGCGCCAAAAGGUCUCGGCCGAUUUUGACAUGGCCUUCAAUCGACUCUACAAAAAGAAUUACGACGUGGCUGUGGUCUAUACGGACCUCAUCCGCAGAGUGGGGGAGCUGCAAGGCGAGGAUUCUCCGGCCUUGAAGAAAGCCUUGCGUGAUAUUGAUGAUAUCAUUCAAGCCAAACUGACUGAUAUUCGAUCCAAAGAAGAGCGGGCAGGGAUUAAGAUGAACCUAAUGGUGAUAUCGGAUUAUGGAUUCACGGACACGAACUAUUUGGAACCAGUUCUAUUGGAUCAAUAUUUAGAUAUGGAUCUCAUUCAGUUCGUCAUCCUGUCUUCGGGUUAUGCUCAAAUCAUCCCAUACGCUUUGGAACAAUACAAGAUAUUACACGACUGUGAAAGCAUUGAAUACGGAGUGGACGUGUUUAUGGCAUCACAACUGCAAGAUCCUCCAAUCUUGGACAUUCCAAUUGUUCCAGACGAAUUGCACUAUGGAACGGGUGAAUGGACCCAAGACAUCUUGCUCGUUGCUCACCCAGCGUAUCAAUUGAUCUUCAACAAUACGGAUCCGAAAGUGAUUGUGGUUCCUGGAAGUGGAUAUCUGGAUGAUGACUACAUGAUUCGAUCGGGAUUCAAUCCGUCAGCGGUCAAACCGGUUUACCCGAAAAUGACCAAAAAGAUGAAAGUGGGCAAAGAGCCCAAACCCAAACCCAUCUUGGACGCUUUACAACGAUGGGACGAAUACCACACUCAUUAUAGGGAUAUGGACACUGUGGCUGUGUUCAUGGGUCCAGAUUUCAAGAAAGAUCAUGUCAACUACAAACCUGUCGAAAUCGUGGAUUUCUAUCAAAUAAUCUCCAUGCUUCUUCGGAUUCCAAUGGAAGAUCAUGCUGGAUCAUGGAAAAGAAUUCAAAGCAUGCUCACCAUCUCGGGUGCUAACUCCAUAUUGGGGCUUCAUGGACUGCAAUUUGCUUUGUUAGGUCUUUUUGCUCACUAUUUAGUGAGAGCCAUUUUAGGGUGAGCCAAAUGGUUAUGCUUCAAUUCUUAAAUAGGAUCAUUGGUCCUGGAAAAAUGAAUGAUUGAUUUUUAUUAUUACUAUGUGAUUCAAGCACGUGACAGUUGAAGAAGUAUUUGAACCCAA